GCUAUCUUCCCCCGAAACACAAAUACAUCAAAAAAUCUCUCUCCCUCUCGAUCAAAGAGUCGAGAUUCCAAGCUUAGCUUAGAAACAGAAAGUCUCUCUUCAGACUCCAAAAAUCUAAAAAAUCUAAACGAGAUGGCAUCAUCUGAUCCUUCUAGACCCGCGACCGGCUACCCUUUUGUCCCAAACGGCAUCCACUACCCGCCACCGCCACCUGGCACCGCCUAUCCUUACCAAGCCCCACCACCACAACCCGCUAACCCUUACUACUACAACACCAACCAACCCUACCCUAACCAACGCGCCACCCUCCUCCGCCGCUUAAUCGCUGCUCUAAUCAUCGUCACAGUCAUUUUCUUCACUAUUCUCUUCAUUGUCUGGCUUGUUAUCCGACCCCACCUCCCCGAAUUCCGCGUCACUUCCCUCUCUGUCUCCAGCUUCAAUGUAUCCUCUUCUUCCUCCAGUGUGUCUGGUAACUGGAACGCCAGGUUUCAGGUUUAUAAUCCGAACAAGUUGAAAAUCUCGUACGGUGAUAUACAGAGUUCGAUUUACUAUAAAUCUGAGUUCUUGUCCCAGACGAGGAUUCCUCCGUUCAAACAGGCCAAAAAGAAUGUUACUGAUAUCAAUGCGGAAUAUGGGGCGAUGGGUUCUUAUAUUGCGGGGCGGGCGGUGAAUCAGAUUAAUGGGGAUAAAGGGCGUGGAUCGGUGAGUUUUAAUUUGAAGAUUGUUGCUGAUGCGGUGUAUAGGGUUGGUGGGUUUAGGGCAAGAAGGAGGUUGCUUAGGGUUUUUUGUGAUGAUUUGGCUGUUGGGUUUUCCGGGAAUGGUGGAUCUGGGAACUUGACUGGUGGUGCUAGGCGAUGUAAAGUUUAUUCCUGAGCGGAGGGAUUGUGGGUUCUUGAUGAUGAGCAGUAAUUUGUAUUGAGAUUCGGAGAAAGGAGAGUAUGGUAUUUUUUUUUAUGGUGUCGUUAGCAGGGUACACUGAGGUAGGUUUUUGUGGAUUUGUAUAGUGCUUUGAAAUACAUGCUAAUUUGAUGCACGGUUAAUUUUGCUAUUUCUUUUUUAGUUUUUUUAUACGAGGAUUUAGAGUUUUUUUUCCUUUUCUUUUGCUGUGAAAUUGAAAUAUAAGUAGAGGAAGGAAAUGAUUCUUGAAAUCAAUGGAAUGUAGAGGUGAAUGUUAUUGGUGAA